UUCACUACCAACUGGGCAGGAGCCGUGAUGAACGGCACUGAAGCGAUCAAUAGUGUGACUGGCACGUUCAGCCUUCCCAAACCGACGGGAAAUGGAUCGGUGGCUAUCUGGGUCGGCAUGGACGGAGUAUCAUGCAGCACCCUCUUGCAAGUGGGCAUCAUUGUGACUGUCAACAACGGGGUAGUAUCGUACAUCCCCUGGUACGAGUGGCUACCAGACUAUGCGACGCCUCUCGAGACGCUCAGGCUCGACGCGAGCGAUCAAGUGACGCUCACCGUGACCGCAACCUCGCCGACGAGCGGCGAGGUGAAGAUUCAGAACAAGUCCAAGAAUCAGGAGGUGUCGACGCAGGUGAGCUCGAGCGCGAAGCUAUGCCAGAGGAACGCGGAUUGGAUCGUUGAGGCGUACCACAACGGCACGGGGCUCGCGCCGCUGAACAACUUCGGCACUGUCAUGUUUACACAGGCGCAGGCGGGGACGUGGGGCGGGGCGAUUGCACCCACUACGGACGCGUCGGUCUAUAAUAUUCAGCAGAAUGGGCAGGCGGUGGCGUGGGGGUCGGUGCAGAAUGGGAACGUCAUCGUGCAGCAC